UGCAAUUUGCAUUUCUGAUUCUACGAGAUUUGAUAGAUCGAGAUUCAUUGAACUCUUUAUUUGUGAGAAACAAACAGUGAGAUUUUAGAAAGUACAUAAUAAUGAGUGAAUUAGUUUGGGGUAUUAAAAAUGGUGAUAUUGAUCAAGUUAAAGAUAUUGUUGAGAAAAAUAAAAUUGAUGUGAAUGCAUUAAUUGACGGCAGAGUGCCCCUUCAUUAUGCCGCAGAUUAUGGUCAGACAGCUGUUGUGAACUACUUGCUAGACAAAGGAGCCGAUCCUAAUAUGGUAGACAAGCACGGCAUCUCUGUAAUUCUGGCAGCUAUAUGGGAAGGGCAUACAGACUGUGUUAAAACACUAUUAAAACAUGGAGCAUCCAAAAAUGGAAAAACACCGGAUGGCACCCCAUAUAUUGAUGCGGCAGAAAAAGAAGAGAUCAAGGAAUUACUUACAUAAAAACGCUAAACAUAGAAGUCACUCACAUAUUGUUUUUUUUUAAGCUGAAAAAUAUUAGAUGAAAGUAAUAUUCACGAUAUUUACAUGUCUUAAUUUAUAUUGCAAUCAUUUAUUUUUAUAAGAACAACAAAUGAGGAAUAACUUCUGUAUUGUGAUUGUGUCCAUUAGUAUUAUUUGUUUUCUAUUACUAACAAAUAAAGUAAGUCAUUAUAACUAACAAAUGCACAGAUGAUUUUUGAAAUGCAUUUAAUGAUUCCAUUUUUUAUGCAUUUCUUUAAACUUUAAGGGCCUAUAAAUUAUUUUAUAUUACAGAGAUGGCAAUAUAUAGGAUUUUUAAUGCUAAAAUAAAAAAAAAAUGUGAUAUCAA